AUGGGUAUCUCUCGUGACUCCCGCCACAAGCGUAAUGCUACUGGUGCCAAACGCGCCCAGUUCCGCAAGAAGCGUGCCUUCGAACUCGGCCGUCAAUACACCAACACCCGUAUCGGAGCCAAGCGUAUCCAUCUUGUCCGCACUCGUGGAGGAAACACCAAGUACCGAGCCAUCCGUCUCGAAUCCGGUAACUUCUCCUGGGGCUCUGAGGGAAUCGCCAAGAAGACCCGUGUCAUCGGUGUCGUUUACCAUCCAUCGAACAACGAACUUGUCCGUACCAACACCUUGACCAAGUCCGCCAUUGUCCAGAUUGAUGCCGCUCCAUUCAGACAGUGGUAUGAAUCCCACUACGGCCAGACCGUUGGAAAGAAGAAGGGACCUGCUGCUGCCAAGACUGAGGAGGAGAAGGUUCCAAAGAGCAAGUCUGUUGAAAGGAAAUUGGCUGCUAGACAGAAGACUGCCAAGGUCGAGAGCUCUCUCGAGUCCCAGUUCGGUGCUGGUAGACUGUACGCCUGUGUUUCGUCGAGACCUGGACAGAGCGGACGAGUUGACGGUUACAUCCUGGAGGGCGAUGAGUUGGCUUUCUACCAGAAGGCAUUGAGGAAGUAG